AUGGCAGCCUGCCUGUGCCAGGGCUGGCAGCUCUCACUGCUCCCUGCCAUCCUGCUCAGCCUCUGCAGCCCACCAUCAGCCCCUGAGCCAGUGACAUCCCAAGACGCUGCACUGCUAGCAGGCGUGUCCGAGGACAUCCUCUGUUUCUCCCGCUGCUUCGAGGACCUCACCUGCUUCUGGGACGAGGAGGAGACAACAGCUGGGAUGUGCCACUUCUACUACUGGGAUGUGCCCACAGCGUGCGUGGUCUCCACGUGGCCCCGUGGGGCUGGCGGGAAGCGACAUGUCUGCGUCUUCCCCAGCCAGGACGUGCGGCUGUUCACCCAGCUCCACCUCCGUGUCCUGAAUGCCACCACAAACCACACCAAGUACUGGCGGGAGCUCAGCGUGGACGCCGUGGGUCUCGUUGCUCCCCCAGGGAACAUCACUGCCCGCUGGGCCGGGGCUGCAGGGCAGCUCUGCGUGUCGUGGCAGCCACCCCUCGCUGACUUCCCAGACUUCUUCCUCUACGAGGUGCAGUGCUGCCCUGCCAGCUCCCCAGGGGUGCCCUGCAGCACCCCAUUGAACCCCGGUGGGCAGCACCCUGGGGACCCCUCCAUGCAGUCAACUGUCAGCACCCACACACCCAGGGCAGCCUCCCCAGCACUGGGACAGAGGCUGGUCCAGGCCAACACUCGAGUGGUGCUCCGGGGCCUGGAGCCAGGGGUGAGGUACCACAUCCAGGUGCGCAGCAAGCCCGACGGUACCUCCAUGGACGGCGUCUGGGGGCCCUGGUCGCAGGCUGUGGCUGCAGAGACACCCCACUCCUCGGGAGACAUCGGGCUGUGCUGCAGCACCCCUGACCUGCGGCACGUGCGCUGCGAGUGGAGCUGGGACCCUGCAGAGCCCCACAGCUCCCACCAGCUCUUCUACCAGCCACCUCCGAGCGGGCCUGGCACAAGGGAAGAUGCAUGGCAACAGUGCGAGGAGGUGAGCAGGGGGGCACAGGGCACCUAUGCCUGCACCUUCCAGCCCAAGGCUGGCAGUGCCAUCUCUGUCCUGGUGAAUGUCACCAGGACCCGCAUGCUGCCCACACUCAGCUACUUCAAGGAGCCCUUUUGGCUGCACCAGGCUGUGCUCACAGAUGCCCCACAGCUUGUGCAGGCAACAGUGACGCAGGGCCGGCUGAGCCUGCAGUGGCUGCCGCCCCUGGAGCUGCUGGCAGAGCAGCUGGACUACCAGGUCCGCUAUGCCACGGAGAACAGCCACGACUGGAAGGUCCUGCAGGUUCCACAAGCAGCGAGGAAAGAGGUCCUGGACCUGCGGCCAGGCUCCCGCUACCACGCGCAGGUGCGGGCCCGGCCCAGCGGGCCGUGGUACCGGGGCAGCUGGAGCGCCUGGUCCAAACCCGUUGUGGUUGAUGCCGUGGCCGAUGCGGGUAAGGGGCAGGGCUGGCGGCCGCAGGAGCCACACGGCUGACGGCAAGAGGCGGAGAGUGCUGGAAAUGGGGUGGGGGCACGGGGCAGGGGGCUGCGAGGGGCUCAGAGUUGGUGGGUCUGGGAAGGGCUACAGUUCUGGCGUUCCUCCUCCGAUGCAGGCUGGCUCAUCCCCAGUGUUACGGUGGUGCCGCUGCUCUUCUCAGCAGUGCUCCUGGGGCUGCGCUGCACCUUCCCCUCCCUCUACAGCAAUGUGAAGCAGAAACUCUGGCCGCCCGUUCCCGACCUGCACCGUGCUCUGGGCAGCUUCCUCCAGGAAAGCAGCAAGCACGGCCAGGCCAGCGCCUUCGACAAGCAGCCGCCGGAGGAGGCCGUCCUGCCCUGCCUGCUGGAGGUGCUGCCCGGCCCGCUGCGUGAGGCGGGCCCGCCGCCGGAGCACGCUGGGGGCCGCCUGUCCAGCACCGACAUCGCCAACCAGUCCUACCUGCUCAUGAGCGGCUGGGAGCCGCGGGCAGCCACGACCGCCCCCACCCCGCCAUAA